AUGACGGUAUUCAAUGAAAAUGUUAAAUGUUUGUUGGAGCAAAUAACAAAACAAUAUGAAUAUCUCUCGAGUCUUGCACAUUUAGAUCUGGUUGGUGAUAUCUUCCCCACCAUUAGAAACUACUUGGUUCUCAAUCUAGAUGUACAGAGAGAACUACUCAUCACACUACAUUUUCCCGAUGAUACCAUGCUGGUAAAUCAUCAGAACAACAGACAUUUAAAUGAUCUAUUGACAACUCAUAAUUUAUUUAAACCAAAAAAUGAUAACAAUAACAGCAAUAACAAUAAUAACAAUAAUAACAAUAAUAAUAACAAUAGCAAUAAUAAUAAUAGAAGUUUUAGUGUUCCUGUUUUAGGUUAUUCAAAUAAUAAUAAUACAUCAUCAUCAAUUCAUCAAAGAUCUUCAUCUUUAGGACUAUCUUCUAGUGUACCCACAACUACAACCACUACCACUACAACUACAACAACAAACUAUGGCAGUCAAAGAAAUAAUAGUAAUUUCAGUAAUAUAUCUGGUAUUAGUUCGAUGAAUUUAAAUUCAUCUACUGGUGGUAGCAGCAGUAUUAGUAUCAGUAGUAGUGGUGGUGGUGGUGGUAGCAGUAGCAAUGGCAGCAUUACAAAGGUGGAUUUCGAUCCAGAUGAUUUCCUUGACUCACCGCCUAAACCAAUGGAGCCAGCACUUCCUCCACCUCCCACCGGACCAAGAACAAAGAAAUCUGCAUCUACAACAACCUCUACAACAUCUAUUUCCACUUCCACUUCCUCUUCAGACUUAUCAUCCAACGAUAGUAUAGCAACUACGAUUGCAACCAAUCACAAUUCAACUUCUAAAGGUGCCGCUUCUGCUGCUGCUACUACUGCCGCUGUAAAAUUUGAGCAUCCACUGCUAACGACACCACCUCCACCAUACACCGAAAGAGAACCUCUGCCAGAGAACUAUAGAGAUUGCUAUGAUGAAGAUCAUUUCAACGAAUUAAAGUAUGAUUACAGAUUACCCGCUUCUGAAUUCUACCCAGAGCAGAAGCAUAAAUGUAAAAAGUGUGUUGGCAGACGACAGAAAGAAAAGAAAGAGCAGAAUAGGCGAAAGAAAGAGGCAGAAGAGCAAUUGCAUUCCACCACCACCACUUCAAAUCUAUCAGAGACAUCGCAGUCGACACAAACUAACCCAGCAACAACCACUCAAUCUUUUAGUUAUACUGCACCUGCACCUACACCUACAACUGCACCGCCAACAUCAUCACAAUCAUCUACAUCAACAUCUUCCUAUCCACUUACACCAGAUAAAACACCAAAGAAACGAUCUCACACUGAACCACUAAGCGAGCCUGGAUCAUUGCUAUUUUUAGAUUCAUUGGAGCAACAGGAAAAUGUAUUUGAGAGUGUCACUUUUGUGCCGACAAACGACCAAAAAGAUGAGCACAACGGUGCAAGAAAAAAGAAAUUUAUGCAAAAACCACUUCAACACCAAACACAAAAGAUAUUCAGAGCGAAAACUGAAAAGAUUGCAGUUUUGGCAAGAGAGCCAACCAAUUACAGUGAGCCAUACAAAAGAUUUACUGUUAAAGGAACAACUGAAAAUUAUACAGUUACAAUUGCACAAAUACCAAUUUGUACAUGUAUGGAUUAUCAAAAAGGAAAUGAGUAUUGCAAACAUAUAGCAUUUGCAUUGUUAGGCCCGUGUCAAUGUCCUGAAGAUUCUUAUAUUCUCUAUCAAAAAGCUUUCACAAUACCUGAAUUGAAAGUUUUAUUAACCUCUGAAAAAAACACAGCUGCUACAGUACCUGGUGUUAGAGAUGAUCCUGUUGGAAAGUAUGGACCAUACAUACCAAUACCUGGUACUGCACCAACAACAACACCAAAGAAGAGUCACAAGAAAUCAAAGACUCUAGCUUCACUGACACCAAGUCAAUCUACUUCUACAUUAACACCAAGUCAAUCUACCUCUUCAUUGCAACCAUUGGUGAUGACACCGAAACAUCUUGAACAUACAGCAGCACUACAAUCCAAAUAUUUAGAUUCAAUUGAAAAGGCAAAGUUGGAAGUACAUGCAGUGGAUACACCAACACCUGUAAAAUCAACGAAAUCCUUUAACAACACACCAAUACAAAUCUCUCCAAACUCACCUUCAAAACAACAUUUUUCAAAAACCUAUACAUUUGUUGAUUUAGAAGCAUCUUUAGAUGAUGAUCGUUAA